GGUAGUCGGAUAUGAGCAGUGGUGUAGGUCUAAUAAUAAGUUUGUAAACUGUUUCUUGGCCUGGCAAACUGUACUCAUGUACUUUAAACAAGACACUGUUAUUUAAACAUUUCAGUUCUUUGGGUAUCAGUGGAUAUUCAUGAACACCCUCGGCAUACAAUGUGACCUGUUGCAGCCCGCAGGAAGAGUGUUUUAGGGCCCAAAAUGACAGGCGGGCAUGGAUGCCAGGCGUGCAGCCUCCUCCUCAGCCUGUGGAGGGACAGAGGGGUCAGGGGAGAGACAGAGAUGGGGGCCCAUACCAGUGAGUGAAGGAGUUUAACGGCCGUAAUUGGAGAUGGAGCAGGAGAGAAAAAAAAGGCAGCCAUCUUGGAUUUCUCAUCUUCACCUGACAAGAUAGAUUACCCUGUUGCAUUCCUCUGACUGAAGCAUUUCAGUUGCUCUGGCAAACACAUUAUUCCAGGUUGACUGUCAGACUGAACUGGGGUGUACUGAUGAAACCAGUGGCUCCAUGAGAUGAGUCAUUGUGAAAGAGACCAGACAGAGCAGCCGGCGGACACCGGAGGAGUCUGACUUCCCCUCACAUCUCACAGUAUCCUGCUGCAACACGAGACCAACAAACCCCGAGAGCUUAUCAUCACCACCAUCACCACCACCAUCAGCAGCAGAAGCAGCAUGUCGGCACCGCAGGCGCGCGACGCACCAUCCUCCCUUCAAUUAUGCAGGAUCAUGCGGCCAGAUGAUGCCAACAUUGUGGGAAACGUCCACGGUGGCAUCAUCCUCAAGAUGAUCGAGGAAGCUGGAUGCAUUGUUGGCACGCGACACUGCAACACACAGAACGGGGACCGCUGUUUGGCAGCUCUAGUUCGGGUGGAGAAGACAGAGUUCCUGUCCCCCAUGUUCAUUGGGGAGGUCGCCCACGUCACCGCCGAGAUCACUUACACCUCCAAGCACUCACUGGAGGUGCAGGUCAAAGUCAUGGCAGAGAACAUCCUCACAGGUGCCAAAAAGCUGGCCAACAAGGCAGCGCUGUGGUACGUCCCCUGCUCCCUGCGGAAUGUCGACAAGAUCAUGGAUGUGCCGCCCAUCAAGUACGCCAGUGAAGAACAAGAGGAGCAGGGCAGAAAGCGCUAUGAAGCCCAGAAGAUGGAAAGACUGGAGACCAAAGCAAGGAUUGAGGAGAUGGUGCCACCUACACCCAAACCAGAACAACACUCCAUUAGUUUCAGCCAGUCCAGUCUGAUCCAUUUGGUGGGCCCUUCUGACUGCACGCUGCACAACUACGUACAUGGCGGUGUGACCAUGAAGCUGAUGGAUGAGGUCGCCGGCAUUGUAGCGGCUCGGCACUGCAACACCAACAUUGUCACUGCCUCUGUGGAUGCAAUCAACUUCCAUCGCAAGAUCCACAAAGGCUGUGUGGUGACGGUGACAGGGCGGCUCACAUUCGUCAGUAACAAGUCUAUGGAAAUCGAAGUGUUGGUGGAUGCUUCCUCGCUGGUGGAGAUAGACGUAGACAAAUACCGUGCUGUCUCUGCCUUCUUCACCUUCAUCUCCCUGGACAAGGACAAUAAGCCUCUGCCUGUCCCUCCUCUUAAGGUUAACGGAGAGGACGAGCAGAGGCGUUUCGAGGAGGGCAAGGCACGUUAUCUCCAGAAUAAAGCAAAGAGACUCACCGACAAGGUGCCCCAGCAGUGACGCCGCUGCUCACCAGAGUUCACCAUCUGCAACAACAGUAUAUCAGACCCACACAACACAUACAGUAUGAAGGAAAUAAAAACAGUCUCUGCUCUUCUGUAAUUGUAGCCUCCUAUUAAACCUGAACCUGUGAUGAUUUUUUUUCCUGUGCUAUGCACCAAAGUGUCCACAUGUGGCUGUAUAUGUAUUGUGAAUGUAUGUAUGAAGACUAUUCAUGACCAGUGACAGUCUGACUGUAGAAGUACUAUUUUAUUUAAAGAAGAUUUUUAAGUAUGAAGACUUCAUGAUUGGUGUCAGUGCACAGCGAUAGUCUGAGCGCAAGGAAAAUGAUGAAUAAGUGAGUGAAUAAUAAUGAAUAAAUGAUCCAAGCGUGAGUCUG